GUUAUGUUUUCCCACAUUCACGUGAAAGAGAUUUCACGAGUUUUUUUUUUUUAAGCAAAAUGAUAAAUAAAUCAGUGAAAGUCCUCAGCCAGAGGCUCACGUAUGAUGGUAAGAUAAUCCUAGCACCUAUGGUGAGGAUAGGAACCCUUCCAAUGCGACUCCUAGCACUGAGAUACGGAGCUGAUAUUGUUUACACGGAAGAACUUGUUGACUUCAAGAUUCUUCGGUCCAGAAGAAUGAUUAACGAUGUCCUCAAUACUGUUGAUUUCGUUGAUCCCAGUGACGGGAGUAUUGUCUUCCGGACGUGCCUUGAGGAGAAGGAUCGUUUAGUGUUGCAAAUGGGCACCGCAUGCCCCAAGAGGGCUCUCAGGGUGGCACAAAUGAUUGAGCAUGAUGUUGCUGGAAUUGACAUCAACAUGGGAUGCCCAAAGGAGUUCUCAAUCAAGGGUGGAAUGGGAGCUGCUCUUCUCAGUGAUCCCGAAAGAGCAAAGAGUAUCCUCAAGACCCUCAUUGACCACGUCAGCAUUCCUGUUACGUGUAAAAUACGCAUCUUCCCUCGGCUGGAAGACACAAUAAAGCUCGUGAAGGAAUUUGAAGCUCUGGGAAUUGCUGCAAUUGCCAUACAUGGUCGAACGAGGGAUGAGAGGCCAAUGCAUCCUGUCCACCCGGAUGUGAUUCGUGCCGUGGCGAAGGAAGUUUCAAUCCCAGUGAUUGCCAAUGGUGGCUCCAGGGAGAUUGCACGACAUGGGGAUGUUCUUAAAUUCCGCGAUGACUGUGGUGCUUCGAGUGUAAUGAUUGCCAGAGCUGCUGAAUGGAAUGUUUCAAUCUUCCGGAAGGAUUCAAUGCUCCCUCUCGAUGAGGUGAUCACGGCGUACCUGAAACUCUGCGUGGACUAUGACAAUUCUGCCCACAAUACAAAGUACUGCGUACAAAAUAUGCUACGAGAGCUCCAGGAGACACCACGAGGAAGGAUUUUCCUUGAGAGUCAAACUCUUGAGCAAAUAUGUCAAAUUUGGGAUUUGGGAGAGUACUGCCGGCAGAAGCAGCUUGAAUACCAGCAAAAGGGAAUGUUCACACGCCGGGAUUGCUCCUCAUUCAUCCAACAAGGUCCUGCAGUGAAGAAAAUCAAACUAGAUCCGGACAUUAUUGAGCGGAAUGUUGCUUUCGUUCGUGCCAACUACAAGCAAACCAAUGAACUUCCGAAGAGCAUCCUGAACAAUUAUGCCUUCAAAGGAAGCAUCAAACUACCAACUUAUGAGACACACAGAGAAGAAAAGCUCUUCAGGAGUAUUAUUUCAUUCGAAGGGAAACGUUACACAAGCUCAUUUUGGGAGAAAAAUAAAAAAUUCGCCGAACAGGGAGCAGCUCUGGUGUGCUUGCUAAACCUAGGACUCGUUACGGAAGAGAUUCUCCUGGAAAAUGGAAGUAUAUUGGAAUGAUGAAUGUAUUUUAUUUUUUUAUGAAGAGAAAAUAAAAAAAAAUGUUGAACUGAAA